UUGUCCAGUGUUUGUGAAAAUGAGAUCAGCUGCUCUGUGGGAUCUUUAAAGUCAGUGUGUGAGGAAGAAGAAGGUAAGCCGCCUAAACUGAUUUCAUGUAUUCAACUGGAGAGUUGCAGCAAGCCCAAGACUCCUGUUGCUGUUUUAUUUUUAACAACUUUAAAAAGUAUAAACAUAUGAUGAUGAUGACUGAGUGCGCUUGUGUCCAUGCUAUUGUAGCAUGCUCACAGUGUUCUUAUGUCCUAAAAUCAAUUUAAAGAAAAAAGUCUUUAAAAGUAUCUUAAAUGAUUAUUGUAUCAUUUUCAAUUUCACUCAAAUACUGAGGCAAACUUUUCCACAAUUUAUGAGCAAUAGCUUCAAAAGAGCGCACUCCGUAUGAUUUCUUUCUGUGUCCAUCCACACUGGGAACUCUCAGUAAGACCUGAUUAACAUAGAUCAGGGGUGGGCAGACUAAGGCCCACGAGCCGGGACUGACAAUUAUGCGGCCCUCGAAGGCAUUUAGAAAUGAAAAAAAUUACUUUGUUUUUAAGUUAUUUUGUGGUAUUUUAAAGCAUUUCAUGUACCGUUAGGAUUGUUUUGUUUGAACAUUUUUGAUCAACUUUCUUUUUAAUUUUCUAUUUUUUUAAACAGUCCUGUGUAAACAGACUGUUGUUUUAAUAAAAGUUUUUUUUUAAACAGUCCUGUGUAAACAGACUGUUGUUUUAAUAAAAGGUUUUUUUUAAACAGUCCUGUGUAAACAGACUGUUGUUUUAAUAAAAGUUUUUUUUUAAACAGUCCUGUGUAAACAGACUGUUGUUUUAAUAAAAGUUUUUUUUUAAACAGUCCUGUGUAAACAGACUGUUGUUUUAAUAAAAGGUUUUUUUUAAACAGUCCUGUGUAAACAGACUGUUGUUUUAAUAAAAGGUUUUUUAUAAACAGUCCUGUGUAAACAGACUGUUGUUUUAAUAAAAGGUUUUUUUUAAACAGUCCUGUGUAAACAGACUGUUGUUUUAAUAAAAGUUUUUUUUUAAACAGUCCUGUGUAAACAGACUGUUGUUUUAAUAAAAGUUUUUUUUUAAACAGUCCUGUGUAAACAGACUGUUGUUUUAAUAAAAGGUUUUUUUUAAACAGUCCUGUGUAAACAGACUGUUGUUUUAAUAAAAGGUUUUUUAUAAACAGUCCUGUGUAAACAGACUGUUGUUUUAAUAAAAGUUUUUUUUUAAACAGUCCUGUGUAAACAGACUGUUGUUUUAAUAAAAGUUUUUUUUUAAACAGUCCUGUGUAAACAGACUGUUUUUUUAAUAAAAGUUUUUUUUUAAAAAAAGGUGGGUUUUUUUUUUUGCUGGCAUCUGUGCGUCACAAUGUGACGAUGGAGUGGGCUUCGGAGGACGAAAUCCACAUGGCCUGGGAUUAUUCUUCAAGGAUUAUAAGCUGGUUCCCAACAGCAAAUCGCCACUCUCCACACCGCUGGAUAACCCAAGGGAGCAUCAUUGGACAAUACAGCCUUGCACCAAGGAGUUGCCGGAAUGUUUCAUUGUACCAAUGUUACCCACCUUUCGGGACUCCAUCUCCGGGUUUGAUUUCAGAGUUUCCUUCUCUUAGAUGAGUUGCCAUCCAGGGUUAACGAGUCUACCCGGGGUGAACUCCAGACCACCAACUUGAGAUUUGCCCAGUUUAGACCACUCGGCCACCCCAGCACCCAGAGAAAUGUUUAUCGACAAUGUAAAAUUGGACAUAAUAUACCUGCGGCCCCCCAAUAGCUUUACAUUUGUCAAUGUAGACCUCCACACAAAAAGUUUGCGCACCCCUGACAUAGAUGAUAAGUUGGGGGUAUUUUAAUUUGCAGUAGCACUGAUAAAUGGCUCAAGGAAUUUUACCUUCCAUUCAUGUAGGUGAUUCUUUAUUUUAAAUGUUAUUUUAGAUUUCAACAAGAUUGAGUUGUUGCAUUACAACAAAGAGAGAAACAAGAGGGCGGUAAGGGAAUACCCAGAAAGAGCAAGAAUGAGAAGAGAUCUGCCCAAUAAAAGAUCCAGAUUAACAUUUGAGAUUGUGCUUGAAGGUAUGGAUUGAAUGUAGGGAAAUUCAAUCAGCUCAAGAUUGUUAUUGAUUAAAAAAGAAAUUAAUGUUAAAUACAAUUUUCCCUAUAGUGCAAAGAAAAGCAGUUGAGGGAGAAAAUUUAUAAAUACUUUUGAAGUAUCCAUUUGGACCUUAACUGACUAUUACCCAUUUGUGUUCUAGGUUCUGUGACGAAAAAGGGAAAUGCCACUCAGAAAUCUAAUGAGCCAGAUGCUUUGAUCACAAUGCUGACUACACUUCAAAAGGAAGCUAGAAAAGGAAACCUUGACCAAAGGGUUGGUGGUCGCACUCUGAAAUUCUCUCAGUUGACCUAUGACCUGGAUCUAAAGACAUACCGCUGUCCAGAAGGCAGUGUCCUAGUUAAUAAUACCUGUGGUAUGUUUUUACCAAAUAUUUUUUGUUAUAGCGUUUGUGUUGACCUCGUUUUUUUUCACCAUGAUCCGUGACAUGCAACCUUACCUCCUUCCUCCUUUGUUAACUCUUCGCCGCGCGCCCCCCCCCCCCCCCCCCCCCCCAAAUUUCCUUGAUCAGGAAAGUUUGUUUAUGUUUCCAGUAGGGUCUACAUUAUACUACAUAAAGUGAUAAAUUAAUCUCUAGUGAUGCAUUUCUAGACAUUUUUUCUGAAGGGUUCUGACUCCCUCACCAUAAAUAUGACAAUCGACUGUGAUAGACAGACAGACUUACCAGACAUACAGGAGCCCUAAAAGAAUCACUAGAUUUUCCACUGUGUGUAUUAAUAUUUGUAACUUUCUAGUAUUAUAAUUUUUCACCUGCUGUAAGUUAAUAACGUUUUCAUUUCUGUAUUUGAUUUUUAAUUUUUAUAUCAACUUCAUCCUUCCAUCCCUUUGGCGCUACAUCCCAUGUAGGGCUUUGGUCUGCCUCACUACUUCCUUUCACCAAAACCUAACUAAUGCUUUUCUUUUCCAUGCUCGGAUUCCCAGUUGUUGUAGACCUUUUCCCACAUCAUCCAUCCAUCUAAGCCUAGGUCUGCCUUUAAGCCGUUUUCCUCUGGGGUUUUGGUGAUGCACCCUCUUCAUUCUUCUGUGAUUUGGCAUUCUUUCUAAGUGUCCCGCCCAAGCGUGGCCUGUCCAAUUUUAUUUCUGUUACUAUCAUGGGAUCCUGAUAUAGACUGUAUAAUUCAUGGUUGAUUCGUAUUCUCCAUCCAUAUUCAUUCUUUGUUGGUCUGUAUAUUUUAUUUAUUAUAUUAUUAUAUAUUAUAUUAUAUAAAUAGUUUUCUUUGUUUCUCUGGUAAUGGUUUUACUUUUGAGCAUUUUCUGACUUUUGAAGUGAUCCCUGUUUCCAGCUGAUAUUCUUUUACUUCCAUUAGUAAUUCGUUUCAUUCGAUUAAUAAAGAUCCUAGGUUUUUCAAAAGUCUGGUUUCUAAUAUUAAUGGUUUCAUCUGUCUGUUCUUCUCUUAUCACAGUCAUGUAUUUUGUUCUUUGGCUGUUAACUUCCAGCCCUGCUUGAAGUGAUGCGUCUUUAAAUUUAAUAAAGGAUUUUGAUAUGUCUUUAAAAGUUUCUCUAGCAAUGUUAUGUCAUCAGCACAUGCAAGUUACUGAAGGGGUUGAUUGUAGAGAGUGCCCAUUAGUUGUGAGUCUUUCCUAGGGCUGGCGCUAGGAGGGUGCGGGGCCUUGGGCAAAUUAGAUUAUGUGUGGCCGUUGGCGUUAUAUAUUCUGCAGAAUAUAAAAUUCCCUGAUAAUCCCCUUUUUUCUGCUUAACAUGCAGAGGUCUUUUCAAGAUUCAUCUCGAAGGGAUAGUAGGGGAGUCAGACUGACCUUCAGACCAUUUGACUAUGUCAUAACUCUGAAUUAGUAGGCUUAGGUAUAUUAUAACUAUACUACAGCAACGCGUGGGCGUCGGCCCCGGGGUUUCCCUCAGAAAGUAUCCUGUUAUUGUUCCCCGGGUGUUUAUAUGUAAGCUUCUUAUAACUCUCUCUAAUGUUAGGUUAAAUAGCAUACAAGACAGUGAGUCUCCUUGUCUUAGGCCUCGUCUUUUGUGAAAUAAAUUCCCAUGACCAUUCUCCUUGAACUUUGAUUUUGCUUUUUUUAAUUGUUAAAUGUUACAUUUAUCAGUCUUAUCAGUUUGUUGGGUAUGCCGAAAUCAUACAGAAUCUCAUAUAGAUAUUUUCUUUUGAUGCUGUCAAAGGUCAUUUCACAGUCCACAUAGAGUUGAUGUACUGGGAUAUUAUAUUCAUAACAUUUCUCUAAUAGUCAUCUGAUGACGAAAAUCUGAUCAGUCGUUGAUCGUUUUUGCCUGAAUCCGCAUUGGUAAUCAUCUAGUAUUUCUUCAGUGUACGGUUGUAGUCUUUUGACAAUUAGCUUAGUCAUUAUUUUGUAUGAAUACAAUUAAUAAUUUAAUAGGGAAAUUCCUCUGUAGUUUGUGCACUGAAGUUUGGAGUCUUUCUUGAGAAUUGGGGUUAUCAGUGCUGUUUCCCAUUCUGUUGGAAUUUUCUCUAUCAAGUUAAUAGUAUUAUUAAAUUUAUUAUUGUUAAUAUCACUGGCUUUGAUUUUUUUUUUCUUUGUAUACUGGUUGUCAUUCCUUUGUUUCGUUUGGUUCAUACAAUGAGACAAAUAUUAAAACAGAUUAAAUUUGUAAAACAAUAUAACUGUACAUAAUAUGUCAAAUAAAAAAUCUUUUAUAUCCAUGUUUUAAUCUAUUUCUACUGCCAAACUCAAUCAUUUUGUAGGCAUAAAUUAAAAUAAUUAGCCACAUCAUUAUCUGUACCAAAUUUUCAUGGAAGAUAGUAUGAAAUUAACUCUAUAUAUUGUAUAUCAGUAGGUUCAGAUUACUCAAUUAUUUUUCUAUUUGAUUCUUAUAAUUUUUAAAUGCACUGAAAUCAAACGAAUUUUUCUAUACAUACUUUUUAAAAAGUUUAAGAUGCAGAAAUCACAAAAUUAUACCCAAGUUUGUUUCACCGCUAUUAAAACUGAGUAUUUUAUAAUACAGCAUUUUAAGAUGUUUUUUUUUUAAAAAGACUCUUUUUGCCUCCAGUGAAUUGUCCCAUUGGGACAUUCUUCCAUGUUAUUAUAAAGAGGUGCAUGGACUGCCCUAAAGGCACGUACCAACCUGAGGAAGGGCAUAACACAUGUCUCAGAUGUCCUGACAACAAGUCCACUGACAAAGAACAUGCCAAGAGUGAGCAGGACUGUAAAGGUGGGCAAUGUGCUGGCAAUCAGAGGAUUUAUGGUUUUUAUUUUUUUUAAAGUUCUUUCUUAGUUCAGACCUGUUUACCCUCAAACUCUUCAAAUCGUACAAUAUCAUCACAAAAAUCGUUUAAAACAUUAUCUUAAUUGUAAAAUAAUAAACCCACAGUAUAAACAUGUACACACCUUAAAAUCGUACAUUGUACGCCAAAAUCGUAAGAGUAAACAGGUCUGCUAGUUGUACUGUUACGUCAGUGCUAUCUCUCUUACUUUCACAAUUAUUUCUUUGUGUCCACCUCUCUUAGAAAAAACAAAAAUAAAAUGAGAUAGGUCACCAAAAAACUAAAUUGAUGAGACUGAUAUCUGAAUCCUGAUUAAUUGCUUUUUAUCUAACUUGACUUGGUGUAUGGCCCAGCAAUCCUUUUAAAGGAGAUGCAGCUUCUCAUUCUGAAAAUGCAACUGUCGGCAGGAUACAUAAAUAUAUAUUAUGUAACUUUAAUUUAUACUUAUAUGACUGUUUUUUGUUGAAUCAACGAAGGCAUUUGCUGAAAUGUUUGCAUUUGUAUUCUGUGUAACUGCAAUUAAAGCUUAGCCUAUAUUGUUUUAGUUACUAAAUUUCAUUCUGUCUCAUUAAUCUACUGUCUUGCUAGUUUUAGGAAUGUUAGGGAAAAUUGUACAACUAUGGGCUUUUAUAAUUAUUAACUAUUUUUGUAAUGUUUGUUGAGUUGUAGUGUGGGGAAAAAGUGGCUUUUAACUUGUAUAAACUUCAAAACAACCCGGUUAUAUUUAUGUAUAAUCUAAAAAGAUUAUAAUACAAAUUUGAGCUGUAAUCUUCACAUUAUUAUAAGACUUUCAUACAACUAAGUAAUUUUUAUUUUUUUAUAUGCCUUUUUUAAAUAUUUCUUUUGAAUAUUUUGUUCCCACUAGCGUUGUGUCUUCCUGGCAGUUUUUCACCCAGUGGAUUAGAACCUUGUGAGACCUGUGCCCUGGGUUCCUACCAGUCAGAUUACUCUGCUGAUUUCUGCUACACAUGUAGCAAAGGCAAGACUACCCAUAAGCGAGGCAGCAGAAGAGAGGAGGACUGUGAGGGUAUUUAAUUGAUAACUAUUUUUGGCACUAAAAUAACAUGUUGGAGUGGUUUAUUGUUACACAAUUAUAAUGUCAACAAAUUACAUUUUUUAAGUAUGUUUAAAAUACUUAAUUUAUUUGUAAAAUGUAGAUGUCCAUAAUUUACACUUUUUUUUUUAAAAAGUAAUUGUCUAAUAUUUACAUUUUUUAAAAUGCUCAGUAAAUAAAAUAAAGAAACAUUAAACGUUUCAUGUCUGAGACAUUUUCAAUAUUUUCUAAGUUAAUGCUAUACGCAUUUUUCUUUUUAAUGAUUAAAGUUAAAAUAUUUAACUUUGUUAGAGGUGUGCCCUGCUGGUCAUGCUAGUCAAACUGGGUUAGCUCCCUGCACUCCCUGUCCCUUGAACAGCUAUCAGCCGAAAUCUGGACAGAUAGAGUGCAUCCAAUGUGCGUCAGAGGGCUCUAUACCAUUUCCAGGGAGCUCAUCUGAACAAGACUGUAUCUAUCGUAAGUUAGCAGGUUGUCAUUUUCACUACAUAGAGUAAAGGUUACAAGGCUGUAUCUGUCGUAAGUUAACCAGUUAUCAUCUUCACUGCUAAGAGUAAAGGUUACAAGUCUGUAUCUGUCGUAAGUUAACAGGUUGUCAUUUUCACUGCUAAGAGUAAAGGUUACAAGGCUGUAUCUGUCGUAAGUUAACCAGUUGUCAUUUUCACUGCUAAGAGUAAAGGUUACAAGGCUGUAACUGUUGUAAGUUAACAGGUUGUCAUUUUCACUGCUAAGAGUAAAGGUUACAAGACUCUAUCUGUCAUAAGUUAACAGGUUGUCAUUUUCAUUGCUAAGAGUAAAGGUUACAAGACUGUAUCUAUCGUAAGUUAGCAGGUUGUCAUUUUCACUGCUAAGAGUAAAGGUUACAAGGCUGUAUCUGUCGUAAGUUAACAGGUUGUCAUUUUCACUGCUAAGAGUAAAGGUUACAAGGCUGUGUCUGUCGUAAGUUAACCAGUUGUCAUUUUCACCGCUAAGAGUAAAGGUUACAAGACUGUAUCUGUCGUAAGUUAACAAGUUGUUAUUUUCACCGCUAAGAGUAAAGGUUACAAGACUGUAUCUGCUGUAAGUUAACCAGUUGACAUUUUCACUGCUAAGAGUAAAGGUUACAAGACUGUAUCUGUCGUAAGUUAACAGGUUGUCAUUUUCACUGCUAAGAGUAAAGGUUACAAGACUGUAUCUGUCGUAAGUUAACAGGUUGUCAUUUUCACUGCUAAGAGUAAAGGUUACAAGGCUGUAUCUGUCGUAAGUUAACCAGUUGUCAUCUUCAUUGCUAAGAGUAAAGUUUUUUUUGGCAAUUUCUCAAAAGUUUCUUAAAAGAGAUUGAAGAAACUAACUUGUUAAUGAGUGGGUUUUAGUGUCAUUAACAGCCAAUUUGUAAAGAUGUGUGCAGCCUUGUUACAGUAUGAAGACAUAAAUUAAUUCAAUAGUGUUGAGAUUUCUAUAAAGCUGUGCUACUUUUUCUGCAGUUAGAGAAUAUACAAGAUGAGAGAAUAUGCAAGAAUAGAGAACACACAAGAAGAGAGGACAUGCAAGAAUGUUUCAUGACGAUAGCAGUUUCUUUACUGGCCAUUUGACCAUAUGCCUGAAUGAAUAUCUUAUUAACUUAAGAUAAUUGCUGAUCCCAACAGCAUCCCAAGCCAUUUAAGUUUGUUGAACUGAUUGUUAUGCUGUUAUACACUAUGUCCAUCAAAAGCAGUUGACGCAGGUUCUCAAACCUAAUGUUGUAAACGAUAUUAAAGAAGUAUGUCAGAAAAAAAAACAUUGGUUAAGUUCCUCAUGAUAUCCCUUGUCUCGUCAGCUCUUGAAUCCAUGGAACUUCAGUCUGAUUUUUCCGUCAAGAAGGGAGGCGGUGAUCAGCUCCGUGUUCCCUUCAGUCCCUGCUUUGACAGCCCAUGUGAGAAUGGAGGAACCUGUCAGACUGCCAAAUUCGGCCAGUACAACUGCCUCUGUGGUAAAGGAUACACAGGUGAUUCAACUUAAAUUGUUGGGACUUCUUUUGGAGAAAAAGGGAAGCGAUCACAUGUAAAGGGAAGUAAUCUUUUAGUUGGGCAUCAAUAGAAGAGCAUAUUCUACUCCACUGUAGUUGACUGCAGUGGUAAAAAGCUUGAGCUAAAUAUUUUAUAAAUAUUUAUAAAUAUAAAUGUUUAAAAAUUUCCCAAAGAUUACAUUUUCAAACACUUUGACUUAGUAAGCAAUGUGAAUUUGAUACAGUGAAAUCAAACGAGUGUGAACUAUUAUUACCUUUUAUCUCACCCCCCCCCCCCCCCCCCCCAUGAGCUACUGUUAGGCUUAAUUCUACAACAUUUUUCAAAUAACUAUGAAUGGACUUCUAAAAAUUGGACUUCUAAAAAUUAUAAAUAAUUCACUCAACUUAUUUUCAUUUGAUUUGCAUUAAUGAUAUUAAUGAUUCAAUUAAUUCCAUUGGGAAAUUUAUUGCUGUAUUGACAUAAGACUAGGCCAAUCCAAUGGCAAAGUUCAUUAAUUUCAACUUCAGAUUGCUUCUAAAAAAAAAGAUAUUUUCACUAUAUAGUACUAGCUUAACAUUUUUUUUUUUAAAUGAAAAAAAAAAAAAAAACUUAACCCAUGCACUGCAUCUUUUUAUGUAACAAAUGUAACAAAUGUAACAAAUGUAACAAAUGUAACAAAUGUAACAAAUGUAACAAAUGUAACAAAUGUAACAAAUGUAACAAAUGUAACAAAUGUAACAAAUGUAACAAAUGUAACAAAUGUACAAAAAGAAAUUAAUUUCAAUCCACUGGAUGGAAGAUUUGUUUGUUUAUCCAGUGUUGAAUAUGUUUCUUUGCCAGGAACCAAUUGUGAUGUUGUAUUGGAUCUUUGUGAGGCCAAGCCCUGUCACAAUGGUGGCACGUGCCUAGCAACACCAGGUGGCUUCCAGUGUCUUUGCAAGGACGGUUUCACAGGUAGGUCUUUUUCAAACAUUUCCAUCAGGAUCUGUGACAAGGGCAGACGCAAGAAGUUUGCUUUGGAAUCCAGGCCAAAUGUUCAUUAACAGGAUGGCUUUUUAAGUAUGUAUUUCUUAUGUACUGCUUACUUUUUAUGACCAUAAAAAAAAUGAACCACUAUUAUAAAGUAAAUACCCACACACCCAUCCACAAUGUUGUCCCUGCUGUCCUAUUAGACUGACAUAUUGACAGCACUUGUUGGUUUUGUUUGACCUCAGGUACCAACUGUGAGGUCAACAUUGAUGAAUGUCGGUCAAGUCCAUGCCUCAACAAAGGCGUCUGCAUAGAUGGCAUCAACUCAUUUACUUGCAACUGUCGUAUGCCAUAUACAGGUAGGAUGUCAUUGUAACAUAGCUUAUUUAAUGUCACUAAUCUGUAUAGAUGGCAUCAACUCAAUCACGUGCAACUGUCGUAUUCUAUAUACAGGUAGGAUGUCAUUGCGACAUAACUUAUUUAAGAUCACUAAUCUGUAUAGAUGGCAUCAACUCAUUUACUUGCAACUGUCAUAUGCUAUAUACAGGUAGGAUGUGAUUGCGACAUAGCUUAUUUAAUGUCACUAAUCUGUAUAGAUGGCAUCAACUCAUUUACUUGCAACUGUCGUAUGAAAUAUACAGGUAGGAUGUCAUUGUAACAUUGCUUAUUUAAUGUCACUAAUCUGUAUAGAUGGCAUCAACUCAUUUACUUGCAACUGUCGUAUGCUAUAUACAGGUAGGAUGUCAUUGCGACAUAACUUAUUUAAGAUCACUAAUCUGUAUAGAUGGCAUCAACUCAUUUACUUGCAACUGUCGUAUGCCAUAUACAGGUAGGAUGUCAUUGCGACAUAGCUUAUUUAAUGUCACUAAUCUGUAUAGAUGCCAUCAACUCAUUCACUUGCAACUGUCGUAUGCUAUAUACAGGUAGGAUGUCAUUGCGACAUAACUUAUUUAAUAUCACUGGACUAAAACUUGGGUAAAUGAUACUUUUGUUGGAGUAUAAAAACUGAUGAAUUAUAAGUGGACUUACAAAGAGGGUUGCUACCCACAACAACAUUUCCAUUUUAUUUUUCAAUUUGAUGUGUUUCAGGAGUAAAGGCGGAAUAGAACAGUUUCAAAGGAUAGUUUUGAAAUAAUAGAUUAAAAAACAUGUGUAUCACCACACCUUUAAAUUGUCUGAUGAUAGGCCCACAUAUGUAUGUUCUUAAGCUUAAAUAGGUUUAUAGGCCCACAUAUGUAUGUUCUUAAGCUUAAAUAGGUUUAUAGGCCCACACAUGUAUGCUCUUAAGCUUAAAUAGGUUUAUAGGCCCACAUAUGUAUGUUCUUAAGCUUAAAUAGGUUUAUAGGCCCACAUAUGUAUGUUCUUAAGCUUAAAUAGGUUUAUAGGCCCACAUAUGUAUGUUCUUAAGCUUAAGUAGGUUUAUAGGCCCACAUAUGUAUGUUCUUAAGCUUAAAUAGGUUUAUAGGCCCACAAAUUAAAUGUAUGUUCUUAAGCUUAAAUAGGUUUAUAGGCCAACAAAUGUAUGUUCUUAAGCUUAAAUAGGUUUAUAGGCCAAAAAUGUAUGUUCUUAAGCUUAAAUAGGUUUAUAGGCCCACAAAUGUAUGUUCUUAAGCUUAAAUAGGUUUAUAGGCCCACAAAUGUAUGUUCUUAAGCUUAAAUAGGUUUAUAGACCCACAUAUGUAUGUUCUUAAGCUUAAAUAGGUUUAUAGGCCCACAUAUGUAUGUUCUUAAGCUUAAAUAGGUUUAUAGGCCCACAUAUGUAUGUUCUUAAGCUUAAAUAGGUUUAUAGGCCCAAAUAUGUAUGUUCUUAAGCUUAAAUAGGUUUAUAGGCCCACAUAUGUAUGUUCUUAAGCUUAAAUAGGUUUAUAGGCCCAAAUAUGUAUGUUCUUAAGCUUAAAUAGGUUUAUAGGCCCACAUAUGUAUGUUCUUAAGCUUAAAUAGGUUUAUAGGCCCACAUAUGUAUGUUCUUAAGCUUAAAUAGGUUUAUAGGCCCACAUAUGUAUGUUCUUAAGCUUAAAUAGGUUUAUAGGCCCACAUAUGUAUGUUCUUAAGCUUAAAUAGGUUUAUAGGCCCACAUAUGUAUGUUCUUAAGCUUAAAUAGGUUUAUAGGCCCACAUAUGUAUGUUCUUAAGCUUAAAUAGGUUUAUAGGCCCACAUAUGUAUGUUCUUAAGCUUAAAUAGGUUUAUAGGCCCACAUAUGUAUGUUCUUAAGCUUAAAUAGGUUUAUAGGCCCACAUAUAUAUGUUCUUAAGCUUAAAUAGGUUUAUAGGCCCACAUAUGUAUGUUCUUAAGCUUAAAUAGGUUUAUAGGCCCACAUAUGUAUGUUCUUAAGCUUAAAUAGGUUUAUAGGCCCACAUAUGUAUGUUCUUAAGCUUAAAAAGACUGAGCACCCUCCCCAGAUGUUUUUUUUUAAAAUUUGAAAUGCUGGGAUGCACUUUUAAGUAAUCCUGAAUAAUACUUUGUAUCAUCCCAAACUUAAUCAUAAUUCUAGUGGAAAAUUAGGUUCCCUCUACCUAGCUGCGGUUAUUUACAUCUUUUUUAUUUUAGUAGUUAUGAAAUAUUAAAAUUGUUUUUUAAUUUUUAUUUAAGAUUAUUUAUUUCAUCCAUUUUUAUUUGAAUCAGUUCAAAAUGCCGGGGUGGGUACACCGAAAUGGUGCAUACCAUCAUAGAAAAUGAUGGGUUUAUAUUUAAAUGUGCUUUUAUGGCAAGAAUGAAAAUAAUCUGUAAUUGAAUGAAGAAAUAAGUUCGUUUGGGCUCCAUCCAGCGGGCCACACUAUGUAAUGUUAGGGCUGUGGUUUGGCCACCUCUGCAGUAAGCCUAGCUUUAUUUUGUCUUAACAUUAUAGUCUAAUAACCACAGCAAGAUUCAUUGAGAAGGAAGAGGAGUGCUUGAACUAAAAUUGUAUAGCUGCAUAGAGACUUCUAAAAAUAGAUUUCAAAUACCGCUUACUAGAUCUUAUGAAAUUGUCAGAAUUUGACGCUUCUGUGUGGAGCAGCAGAGAAUGCAUUAAUUAAAAUGAAAAAAAUCAGCAGUUUUCUCCAUUUUCUCAAUUGCGGUUCAGCUGAAGAGCAAACUAAUUAUGUCUCAAACUUCACAAAAUUGCUCUGUACAGCGCCAAAGAAAACAAAAGAAAAUGCUCACUAAAUUUGUCAUUAAGGUGACUAUGCUAAAUAAUACUGCUGCCGUAUCUAACAAGUUGAUUGUUAAAACACUAAGUGAGAAUAUGAGGGUCAUCACCAUCAUAAUGAAAAGUAGCGGUCUUAUUUGAUAGCCUUUAAACACUUUUAGACACUGAUCUCAUAUCUCUCCCAUGCACACUCUUAUGCCCCUUAGUCAAAACCCCUUCUCCUCUCCCCCCCCCCCCCCCUUUGGGCCUAUGUAAUAGAAAUAUGGAUGGUCCUCAAUCAAUCGUAUCUCUCUGUCCAUUCACCCCCGGAUGUAGAAAGGAGCCAAAACUAACAACCAAAAAAGUUUAUCUUUCUUUUUUUAUAUUUAAAUGAUGAAAACUGCCCAGAGUGUAUUUUUUUAAACCCAGUCUCUUAAAAUCCUAGUUGUGACAUUCAAUAAUUAAAAGCAUCUCAAUUCGUACAUUGUAUGCAAAAAUAGAGUAAGCAGGUCUGGCAGAGUAUUUUAAAUUUUGAAAUAAAAAAAUAAUUUGACAGGAACAACUUGUAGCAGCGCUGUUAAUGAUUGCACUGAUGCUGUCUGUUUGAACGGAGGGACGUGUGUCAACACACCUACCAGUUUCAAGUGCCAGUGUCCAUCGGGCUACACUGGAGACGUGUGUGAGAUUGAUGUGGACGAAUGCAUGUCAGCCCCUUGCCAGAAUGGUGGCUCCUGCCAGGAUCUCCCAAGAGAUUACAAGUAAGUUAUGCAGGGAGUUUACCUGGGGUUAAAUCUGAAUACAGCGCUAGCCCUUAAACCUUUUCAUCACAUAAAACUAUGACAUCACUGAUUAAAGCAUGACUUAAUUUAUGUUGUAAAUUCAAGCAAAAUUGUUUUAUUUGUCUUUAAGUUUAAGUGCUUCUGUAAGCUAAGUGCUUCUGUAAACACUAAUGAAGAGAAUGACUGUGAAAUGUAUGUUGCCACAGAUGCACCUGCACGCGUGGUUACACUGGCAAAAGUUGUGAGACAGAGAUUGAUGAGUGUGCGGACAGCCCUUGUCAAAACGGUGCUCGUUGUGAAGAUCUCUUGGACGACUACAAAUGCCACUGUGUGGGAGGUUUCUCUGGCAAAAAAUGUGAAAAAGGUUUGUCAAAUCCACUGCGAGACGAGUGCAUGCUGAAAUACUAAUGAAAGUGCUUUGUUUAGAAACUUGAUUAAAUAAGUUUAGAAACUUGAUUAUAUAUGUUCACAUUGCUUAAAGUUAAAUAUUGAAAAAUUUGAUUAAAAAGUCAAGUGAUUUAAAUAUUCUCUGUAAGAAUCUAAAAAUGCGUUGACCUGUUUGAAUCUAAAGAACAACUGUAUUCAAGCCACUAUACUUUUAUGUAUCCUGGUUCAUUUAAUAUUUCAUUUGAGUUUUGUUCCUAAUAGUCCUAACAUCCCAGUAUCAACUGGAUUUUGUCACGCCAACUAUUUUGGACUAUGCUGAGCUGACCAUCGAUCAACCUAUGACAACCGUGACAGCUUCAUUUUGGAUCAAAACCAGUGACCAAGUCAAUCAAGGAACACCCUUUUCAUAUGCCGUCAGUGAUGAUCCUAAUGCAUUCACUGUAACGAACUAUAAAAAGUGAGUUCUUGUACUGUUUUAGCCUUGUGUCAUGCAAAUCCAUCAAUUUUCAAAGUUGACAAAAAAAAAGCCCACCAAAUGGCUCCAAAUGUAUGAAAUGAAUCAUUUAUAAGUUAUCUGAAUUAGAUUAAUGUAAUUCACAGGUUUGGAGUUAUUUCGUAGUUGAAUGUUGUUAAAUAGAAAGCACUUUACAAGGGGAUCUGUCAUUGUUAUUUUUAUAUCUGCUGAUCAGCUUGGUUUUGAUGGUCAGUGGGGAGCAGCGUAAUGUUGGAGUAAACUUGACAGAUGGCGUGUGGCACCACGUGGCUUUGUCCUGGUCCAGCUUCAGGGGAGGCUGGAAGGCUUAUGUUGAUGGCAUCCUCAUUGACGAAGGGUCCGACCUGUCCACUGGGAAAACCAUCCCAGGUAAUGACAUCUACAGAAUAAAGCGUUUAUUCAAUGGAACAGGGUGGUCAUUUGUAGAUGAAGUUUUUUUUCUGGGAUGUACUCAUGAAAAAAAUAAAAUAAACUCAAGGAUUUAAUAGAAUAAAGAUAAUUACUUAAUACUCAAAAACUCUUUGUGAGCUUAUAUAAAAAAAACUCCUUAAAAAUGUAUGACUUGUAGGAAUAAUGACAUAUAUUUGGAGGAAGUUUUCAAUUAUUAUUAAAGAUUGUGUCCUUGUAUUCCAGGAAAAGGGAAAUUCAUAGUGGGUCAGGAGCAAGACACAUUUGGUGGAGGUUUCAGUCCAGGCGAGACAUUUGUGGGAUCAAUCUCACAGCUCAAUGUGUUUGACCAAGAACUUUCCUGGUCUGACAUCGGCAGGCUUCGCUUCAGUUGUGACUCAUUCCAGGGCAACGUCAUAUCUUGGUCAGCAGUCCAAGCGGCCAUCAAGGGCUCUGUGGCCCAAACACCAUCCUAUUUCUGUCAGGGUAAGCUGAGCUUAUUCUAACUUAAUUUUAAAACUUUAACUAAAAACCAUCUGCACUUUGUAUUCCUUUGUCAGCCAACUGAAUCUGUAUAGAAGAAUGAUCACAGGUCUUGUUGGGCAUAUUUUAAACGUAAUUCUACAUAUUUACAUCAAUACGUACAUCGAAGUAUCUGUCUCCACCUUUAUUUGAGGUCUCCAUUCACCCACAUAAAUGAAUGGAAACAUCCAUUCUAAAAAAAAAAUUUGUUUUGAGGCAAAAAUUGUUUACAACUAAAUUAGUUUUAUUUUACUUUUUGGAGCUAAAUUUGUGCAUGGCUUCACCUUUCUGCACGUCUCCUCAGGGCAUGAUCCACUUGGCUUUAAAUGUGGAACAUUUUCCAAACACCUCUAAAAUGUCACUGUAAUGUUUUAGAAAGUCUUUCUUGCUUUGGGGGAUCACCUUGCUUUCAAUGUGGAAUGUCUUCCAAACAACUCUAAAAUGUCACUGUAAUGUUUUAGAAAGUCUUUCUUGCUUUGGAGGAUCUUAUUUUAGAACGUUAGUUUUAAUACAGGGCUGUGUAAAUUCUCCCAUCUAUUUUUGAUCUGUUUAGUUUAUCAUAGGAUUUCAUCUGUUCAUUUUAUGUGUUUCUUGCUAGUUUGUUAUAAAAGAUCAAUAUAAAAGAUAUAACAGGUGAAUCGUUAAAUUACGAUACUGUGCCAUUCAGUUAAUGAACAUCAUGUACUUAAGAAUUUGGACUUAAAAUAGUUAAAAGAAAAUGUAUUUAGGAAAUAGCACAAAAAUUGUAGUUAUGAGAUACCACAAAAAAAUGUAUUUACGAGAUACCACAAAAAAUGUAUUUACGAGAUACCACAAAAAAUUUAUUUAUGAGAUACAACAAAAAAUGUAUUUAUGAGAUACCACAAAAAAUGUAUUUAUGAGAUACCACAAAAAAUGUAUUUAUGAGAUACCACAAAAAAUGUAUUUAUGAGAUACCAAAAAAAAUCUAGCCUAUUUAUGAGAUACAACAAAAAAUGUAUUUAUGAGAUACCAAAAAAAUGUAUUUAUGAGAUACCAAAAAAAAUGUAUUUAUGAGAUACAACAAAAAAUGUAUUUAUGAGAUACCAAAAAAAAUGUAUUUAUGAGAUACCAAAAAAAUGUAUUUAUGAGAUACCAAAAAAAUGUAUUUAUGAGAUACAACAAAAAAUGUAUUUAUGAGAUACCAAAAAAAUGUAUUUAUGAGAUACCAAAAAAAUGUAUUUAUGAGAUACAACAAAAAAUGUAUUUAUGAGAUACAACAAAAAAUGUAUUAUGAGAUAGGCCUACAACAAAAAAUGUAUUUAUGAGAUACAACAAAAAAUGUAUUUAUGAGAUACAACAAAAAAUGUAUUUAUGAGAUACAACAAAAAAUGUAUUUAUGAGAUACAACAAAAAAUGUAUUUUUGAGAUACCACAUCUCCAAGUUUCCAAACUGUCUAUGACUUCCUUGAGAAUAAACCCCUGACCCAGCUCCAUUCUGGACCAGCUGUUUUUUAAAAACUGAAUGUACUUUUGAUACAUUUGCUGUAUCCCAGAAAUGUUUAAAUUGCAUUGUGUUUGUUUGUCAACCACUGCUGUGCAGCAAAAAAUACCCAUCAAAAGCAGGCACCUACAGCUUUGUUUUUUUUAUCCUCCUGUUUCAGAUAUUCUCAAACCACAAGAAUGAUACCAAAAUGUCCAGCAUGGAGUAAAUCCCUUUUGCUACUUAACAUUUACAAUAUUGUUAUGUAUUGUUGGUUUUACAUCACUUUAUGCACAUUUUAUGUAUAGAUUGUAAAGAAUUAUUGCUUGCUAUAUGAAAAACUUAGUUAUUUGUCUGAUUGAUUUUAUGUACAUAAACUUAAAAAUAAAACCUUUCAGUGCAGGGAUGCCAGUGAUACUAUUUACACAGCAAUUGAGGUAGCUGUUCUUAGGAAACCAUUUCAUCCCAGCUGCUUUGUAAAGUAGUUGCAAGGUAGAAACCCACCGUAGAAUCUGAUGCUUCCCAGGGAUGGGCACGGGUGAGGUUUUUAGGGGAAGAUUUUAGGACAUAAAUAAACCAUUCCAACUCUUGGGAAUGAUGACUCCUUCUGUGAGAGCAGCAUCACCGCGUAUCCUUGCGCUUGGGAUCCUCCGCUAGUAUUUGAUCACGUGGGUGUAGCUGGGGGUGGUCCUGGCAAAAGGAGAUCUCCAAUGUGCCAGAGGGGUGGGUGGAGGGGAAUUUUGGUGAGGGCAUAAAGCGCCUGUAUUAUCUCGACGGCUCGCUGACGCCAUAAUUUUUUAUAAAUUUAAAAUGCAAUUUGGUGCAUACCUUAAUUUAGUUUUGCAUCAUUUGACAUAUAACCAGGGAAUAACAGAAGAAAUGCUAGAAGAAAGUUAGUUUCCUUUUAACCAGCUUUGUUUAUAUAAAUCCUGCAAUUAUAGUACUUACUAUAUAGUAAUAUUUAUUUAUAAUUUUUAAGAUUUGAAAUGACCAUUUUGUAUCUAAUUUGUUUAAGAUCAAUCCAAAAGACCAAACUGUAGUUUUUUUUUUACUAGAUAGUGCAACAGGAUUUUUGUUUCUUACUGUAAUCGUGCAUAUUUUCAGAUGGUAAUAAAAUACUGUUUUGAAUUUGAUGUGAGCAGAUUCUUGAAGUGCUUUCAACUAUGACCAAAUAUUAACAUGUCUUUGUGUUACUAAAUUUAACAAUUUUUCAUUAUUUAACGGGUUUUAUAAACAAAAAAAAUUAAAAAGACUCGUUUAUGGUUUUAAUUAAUUUUAAUUUGUGUUAACAUUAUUUGUACAAAUAGUAAAUGCAUGAAUAAUUACUGAGCUAGAUUUUUUUGUUAGUUUCUCCUAAGAUAAUGCUGUGAAAUCUGUGUUCUCCUAAGAUAAUGCUGUGAAAUCUGUGUUCUCCUAAGAUAAUGCUGUGAAAUCUGUGUUCUCCUAAGAUAAUGCUGUGAAAUCUGUGUUCUCCUAAGAUAAUGCUGUGAAAUAUGUGUUCUCCUAAGAGAAUGCUGUGAAAACUGUCUUCUCCUAAGAUAAUGCUGUGAAAUCUGUGUUCUCCUAAGAGAAUGCUGUGAAAUCUGUGUUCUCCUAAGAUAAUGCUGUGAAAUCUGUGUUCUCCUAAGAUAAUGCUGUGAAAUAUGUGUUCUCCUAAGAUAAUGCUGUGAAAUCUGUGUUCUCCUAAGAGAAUGACGUGAAAUCUGUGUUCUCCUAAGAGAAUGCUGUGAAAUCUGUGUUCUCCUAAGAGAAUGCUGUGAAAUCUGUGUUCUGCUAAGAUAAUGCUGUGAAAUCUGUGUUCUCCUAAGAUAAUACUGUGAAAUCUGUGUUCUCCUAAGAGAAUGCUGUGAAAUCUGUGUGCUCCUAAGAGAAUGCUGUGAAAUCUGUGUUCUCCUAAGAGAAUGCUGUGAAAUCUGUGUUCUCCUAAGAGAAUGCUGUGAAAUCUGUGUUCUCCUAAGAGAAUGCUGUGAAAUCUGUGUUCUCCUAAGAUAAUGCUGUGAAAUCUGUGUUCUCCUAAGAUAAUGCUGUGAAAUCUGUGUUCUCCUAAGAGAAUGCUGUGAAAUCUGUGUUCUCCUAAGAGAAUGCUGUGAAAUCUGUGUUCUCCUAAGAGAAUGCUGUGAAAUCUGUGUUCUCCUAAGAUAAUGCUGUGAGUGAAAUCUGUGUGAAUCGGUUUGGUGAAGAAAACAAACAUCAGUUCUAUCAAUUCUUAGUUUUUCUAUAAUUUACAACUGGCUCCCCAUUGACCUCUAAUUUGAUGAACUCUCAAUACAGCAUCAUUCUUGUCACAGUUUGCAAAACAACAAAGAACUUUAAAUCUAACCAGUUUAUUAGGUAACUGAGACGUAAACAUCAGGAAAUCAACACACAUGUCAGUCAAGAAAAGCCUUCAUGACAAAUUAUAGUUGGCGUAUAUAAGAAAUUAUAAAGGGACAGCAUUUACUUGGUUAUGAGCAAAAUCAGCAUGGCCUUAAAUAAUGAAAAUAUGGGGACCAAUGUGAUGGAAACAUCACUUUAAAUGAUGAACAUAUUGGGAGCUAUGUGAUGAAAACAUGAACCUUUUAUUAAAAGAGUGUGGCUUUAAGUUAGGGGCCUGCUCCUCAGCUAGCUCCUCUCCUGGUCGAAUGAAAUAAAACUCUUAAAAUAAAAAUAUCUAUCAACACACCAGGUAAAGUGUCGCCAACGCACACAUAUAUCAUAUGAGAGUAUGUUUUUUUCUAUUUAAUGUCACCACAUCGUAGCUGUGUGAUGAAACAUUGACGUGGAAAUGUUUAGCUUUGGUAAGUGUGGAACAUUUAGUAGCAAUAUGAGCAUGACAGAAUACCUAUGCCCAUAAGACUUAUUUUGUCGAUUUAUAAAGGUCUAUAGAAAAAAUACUUCAAACGUGUUUGAGCAAUGCUCUGGUAAAACCACUUGUCAAUCUUUUUUUCUCUACAAAUUACUAAAAAUUUAGAAAAACACCAUGCAACUUAUGUUUCACUUGUGUGGUACAUCUUUCCAUGGUACAGACUGCCCUACACCCACGGCCCCUCGCAAUGGCGGGGUCAACUUCACAGACACAAAACCAGGCUCCCAGGUGGACUUCAGAUGCGAUUUAGGCUACAGCAUGACUGGCAAGGCCGAGCUCAAGUGUCUGGUGUCUGGACAGUAUGAUGGGGAGAUCCCUGAGUGCAUAAGUGAGUCAUUGCUCUGUGUUGUUGGAAAAAUUAAAGCUUUGAAAAUAAAUUAAAGAAACUAAACAAUCACUAAAAACAAAGGUUCUUUUUGUAUAAAUUAUUUAUAUGCGUUUUUACUUUAAAAAAAAAAAAUGUUUAAUUAUUAUUCUCCGCAGAUUUAUUUCACCAACCUCUUCAGAAAAACAAAAGAAAAUAUUGUGCACCAAACACACAUGCAAUAUUUUUUUUUAAAUUCUCAUUUAGUGCAGUUAGUCAUAUUUCCUUCAUGUCCCCUUGAAAAAAACAGGAAAAUAUUAUUGUAGGUGGUUGGUUUUGGGGCUGAAAACUUGAUAUAAUGUAUUGUCAUUGCCAAUUAGUCCAUGUGCCAAGUUUCAGCGCAUUAGGUUGACGGGAAGUCAGUCAGUUUUUUUCAGAAGAUUUUGCCUGCCAUAAACAAAGGCAAAGUAAAUAUAAAGGAUUUAAAAAUGUUGAAUUCUCAGACUUGGCAAAGAAAUUUCAAUCUAGAGAUCAACUAAUUCACUUCAUUUUUUAAUAUGCUCUCACCACCAUCCAAUGACUGAUUUAUUUGUGAUGACUUUUGACUUUUCAGUAACUGACUGCGGCAAUCCAGGCAGAAUUAGGAACGGUUUCAUCAAGGGCAAGGACUUCACGUACGGUAAAACAGUUAUUGCUGAGUGCAAACCUGGCUACGAGAUACAUGGUGAAAAAACUCUGACCUGCACAGAUUCUGGUUUCUGGGACUUUGAUACACCCGACUGCGUCGGUGAGUUUUAAAUUAUGUAGAAGGUUGAGGCAGAUGUUUGGUGAGGUCUGGGACCAUGAUACACCCGACUGUGUUGGUGAGUUUGAAAUGAUGUAGAAGGUUGAGAGAGAUUUUUAGUGAAGUCUGGGACCAUGAUACACCCGACUGUGUCUGUGAGUUUUAAAUAUGUAGAAGGUUGAGGCAGAUGUUUAGUGAGGCCUUGGAUUACUUGACUUUAAAGGUCCCUUGUCUUACUCAGAGCAUAGUUUUUAUCAAUGAUCUGGGAUUACUUGAAUUAAGAGCAUAGUAUAUCUAUGUAUGAUUAACAUCAGAUAUAUUUAUGAUUCCUGUCAGAUAUAUUAUGAUUCCUGUCAGAUAUAUGUAUGAUUCCUGUCAGAUAUAUGUAUGAUUCCUGUCAGAUAUAUGUAUAAUCCCUGUCACAUAUUUUUAAAAAGUAUCAGCAUACUGCAAAGUGCAAAUUAUUAUAAUUUUUUUAUAUUUUACUUAAAAUCGCUAACAAUAUUUUAUUAAAAUUUAAAUUUCGUUCUUCAAAAUAAACAAACUUGCAAUUCAUUAAUAAGUUAAAAAUUACCAAUGUGCCAUAUUAUUAUUAUUAAGUUAUUUUUAUAUAGCGCAGAACCCCAGCCUAUGGGUACUCUCACUGCGCUUCACAUAAAAAUUAGCAAUUACAGAAAAUUAUACAUUUAAAACAACGAUUGGUAAAAAGCUUGACCUCACCCACACAUGUACUAUCUACCCCUGACCAGCCAUGGACAGCACCCAGCAGAAUUGAGUGUUGCUUAUCAGUUUGCGUUGGGGGAUGAGAACAAAUCACCACAUAUGAUCAGUAACCAUUUAACUAAAUUUGAGAGGGGCCUUGGGGGUUGAAAAGUGAGUCAUUAUCGCUGUAAAAGUUUGAUCCUAGGCUUGUCUAGUGACUGACAAUUGAUUUGUUUUUAAACUUCCCUUUUAUUUUAAAGAGUUUAACUGAAAAAUGUAUUAUGUCUUCUCACUAAAAUUAAAGAAAAGCAGUGCACUGUCCCAGAACUGUCAGAAAACACAGUACCUUCGACUACCGAGAAGAGGAUCCCACCAGGAACUAGUGUCACAUUCUCCUGCAAAGAAGGUCAGAGGAAAAUUCAAGCUAGAAAAUCUUGAGACAUAGAAUUACAAUCAGAUUAAUAUUAAAGCUAGAGAAUUUAAAUAAGAUUAAAUGUAAAGAUAAAAAUAAAUAAAAAUUACAAUUUAUGUUCAGGUAAACAUGUCCAAUGUUUUUUGGAUCAUUGUUUUAGGAAAAAAACUUUAUAAUAUGUGGCAAAAUAUUGGAAAGAAUCAUAUGCUGGUAAUGUUCUUUAUCAAGGGUUUCUUUCCAUUGCUGAAUACUGCUGCUUUUGACAGAAGGGAUAAUCAUAUAUCACAAUUGGUAAAUCAGAAGAAUAUGAGCGUUGAUUCUAGUUCUCUCAGUUGAAAGUUCAGUUCAGACUCUCCCAAACUUAGACCCAAAGUUCUAUGAACGCAGAUGUAUUAAAAAAAUAUUGAUUUCAGAUUAUUAGAUUUUGUGAAUUUUCAAUGACUUCAAGGUGUCUACAUUGUGACCACGCAUGGUUGGAAUCUGCAAAACUAAUGAUGCGCAGAUGUAUUAAAAAAAUAUUGAUUUCAGAUUAUUAGAUUUUGUGAAUUUUCAAUGACUUCCAGGUGUCUACAUUGUGACUACGCAUGAUUGGAAUCUGCAAGACUAAUGAUACAUAACAGUAAAUUUGUCAGAUCAGUGUUCAGUUUCAAAUUAACUAAUUCAAUCCCAUUAUAUAUCAUAUCUAAUUCAAUCAAUACCAUCGAAUAUCACUACAAAAUUGACCUAAAUAUAAUGACUCCUUCGAACCCUUCAAACUAAGCAUAAACAUUUUUAAAUUGGGAAUGAGUUAUGAUGGCUCUCCUGAGCUACUUAUCUACCAAGACAGUGUAAAUAACAUUGUUGCAAGUAACAUUUAUUUUAUUCUAAAUCUGCAGGGAGCGCAUUACAAACCCAGCAUAACAGUGUCAAAUGUCAAAAAGAUGGCACCUGGGACAAAAGUGUGCCAUCCUGUGAUGAAGUAAAGUGCUCCCCUCCACCACCAAUUGAAAACGGGGAACCCUUCAACUCCAUUGCAGAGUAUAAUGUUGGUGAUUCAGUCAGGUGGGUUCCUGGCCUCUCAUAGCACUAUAGAUGGUUUAGUAACUGAUAGGGUUUCUGGCCUCUCAUAUCACAAUAGAUGGCUUAGUAUAUAUAAGAGUUUCUGGCCUUUCAUAUCACAAUAGAUAGUUUAGUAACUAUAAGUGUUUCUGGCCUCUCAUAUCACAAUAGAUGGUUUAGUAACUGAUAGGGUUUCUGGCCUCUCAUAUCACAAUAGAUGGUUUAGUAACUGAUAGGGUUUCUGGCCUCUCAUAUCACAAUAAUUGGUUUAGUAACAGAAAGUUCUUUCAAACUGAGUCUGUCAUUAGUUAGCGGGAAGUCAUCCACAUUUCUGUAACUCACUCGUUCUAGACAUGUUUUUAAAAAAAUCUAUGUAAAUAGAAUUAAAGUUUUAAGUUCUUAUCUAUAAGUAGCAGAACAUGACCCUUGUAUUAGAUCCUAAAUUAAGAUUCUACAUGAAAAAAUUUAAGAAAAUUGAAACCACAUUUAAUUUAUGUCUUUAUGUUAACAAGGGAUAGUUUUAAAUUUGUGGAUAUUCACGUUUCCUCUCUCAAAUGGAUUGAAUUUAAUAAAGUUGUGCACCUGAUGAAAGUAAGGAACAUCAUUUUGUAGGUUCCAAAUAGUAAUACUUUAACAUAGAAAAUAAUUCAAUUUUAAAUAAAAUAUUAAAACUACAUUUAGAUUUAUGACCCUCUUAAAAUGCUUACCGUGCCCAGUAGAAACUUGAAUGUACACAACUCAGAUCUUAUAUCAUAAUAAUAAAUUUCUCCUUAACAUUCGUUUAUUUUCCAACCAGUUAUCAAUGUGAUUAUGGCCAUGAGUUCAACACGGCUGUUCCAAACACAAGAGGCAGUCUGGCCUGUCUUCCUACGGGUAACUGGGAACCAGACCUUCCAGUGUGUGGACCGGUCAGAUGUCCCGACCCCCCUCCCAUAUACG